AUGUUCCCCGCAAUUUCCAGCCGUCGUCUCUGGUGGAGUAGCCUUCAGAGGAGAGUCUGCCUGAACCAGCCAGUUGUAAGCAGGCAGCACUUUCAGCAUUUGCACAUCCGAGUUGGAGACCGGGCUGAACUCAGCAGAGCCUUCACACAAAGGGAUGUGGUUGUCUUCUCAGAACUGACAGGGGAUGUCAAUCCUUUGCAUUUAAAUGAAGAUUUUGCAAAACACACCAAGUUUGGGAAGACAAUUGUGCACGGAGUUUUGAUCAAUGGACUUAUUUCAGCUCUCCUAGGCACUAAAAUGCCAGGCCCAGGCUGUGUAUUUGUUUCCCAGGAAAUUCACUUUCCAGCCCCUUUAUAUGUUGGAGAAGUUGUUGUAGCUUCUGCAGAAGUGAAAAGGCUGAAGCGGUCCAUUGCUGUUAUUGCUGUGUCAUGCUUUGUGAGAGAAAGUGAAAAGACUGUUAUGGAAGGCUGCGUUAAAGUUAUGGUCCCAGAAGCUCCCAACCCCUGA